AUGAUGGUCACACUGCUCCAGGUGCCGGGUGAGAUUCACGUUGUCAGUUUCGUUCGCUUGGAAGUGGGUUUUCACAACGAAAUUGCCGAGGAAUCCGGAUCUUGGAGCGGCGGAAAAUGUCCGGGAAGUACGACAAGCUGCAGCAGCAGUUCCUCUGCUGCUAUCCGGUGAACAAGAUGGCCUGGUCGUCGGUCAAGUUGCCACUCAACUGGGAGGAUCAGCAGGAGCUGAUAGCGGCCACCUGUGGCCACCCGAUGAACCGGCGCUAUCCGGUGCGUCGCAGCUACCUGGAGGCGUUCCUCAAGCAGCUGAUGCACCUGCUCCGCGAUCAGGAGGAUGUGCACGACGAUAUAUACAGCAGUCUGUGCGGUCCGGUGGCGGACAACAAAGCGAGCACAGGAUCCACGUCCACGUACGCCUACAAGCACUAUCUCCUCGAACCGGGCGCCCACAUAACGCUCCGUGAGUCCACCAGCUUUGUGGCCGAGGGCACAACUGGAUUGUGCACCUGGGAAGCGGCUCUGGCCCUCGGCGAUUACCUCCUGCAGCACCGCGACCUGGUGCGUGGCAAGAACAUAGUGGAGCUGGGUGCCGGGGCCGGGCUCCUGGGCAUCCUGCUGAAACUCCCGGCCCUGCAGCUGCAAGUGGGUCAGGUCCUGCUGACCGAUGGCAGCGAGCCGUGCGUCCAGCUGAUGCGAGAGAAUAUCAGUCUGAAUUUCCAAGACACGCCCAAGGAGCAGAUGCCCAAGGCGGAGCAGCUGAACUGGGAUGCGGUCGGCACGUUCCCGUGGGAGUCGCAUGCGGAAACGGAUCUUCUGAUGGCCGCCGAUGUGAUCUACGAUGAUUCCCAGUUCGAUGCACUGCUGGGUGCCAUGGACUACUUGUACGCCCGUCGAGGAUGUGGGCUGGAAACCCUGCUGGCCAGCACGGUGCGAAAUGUGGACACGCUGCACAAGUUCAUGACUCAGCUGGGUGACUAUGGCUACAAGGUGACUCCAUGUGCGAACGUAUCGGCCUGUGCCAGCCACUUUUGUCGCGAUCACACCGCCGCCGUUCAGAUUAUCUCCAUAAGACGUUAGUUUUAGUCCUAAAAUAAACCGACACCACGAAACCAAA